CAGCUCGGACUCUGCCGGGAGCUGAGCCGGAGCCGCAGAGGGAGGCCAGAGGGCAGUGCGCGGAGAUGGCGGCGGCGGCGGCGGCGGCGGAGGAAGGGAUGGAGCCGCGGGCGCUGCAGUACGAGCAGACUCUGAUGUAUGGCCGAUAUACUCAGGACCUUGGCGCCUUUGCCAAAGAGGAAGCUGCUCGGAUUCGCCUGGGAGGGCCUGAGCCCUGGAGGGGUCCCCUGUCCCCUCGGGCUCCUCCAGAGCUCUUGGAAUAUGGACAGAGCCGUUGCGCCCGAUGCCACAUCUGUUCUGUACACUGCCACAAGUUCCUCGUGUCCAGGGUUGGUGAAGAUUGGAUCUUCCUUGUUCUGCUGGGGCUCCUCAUGGCAUUGGUCAGCUGGGCCAUGGACUAUGCCAUUGCUGCCUGUCUACAGGCUCAGCAGUGGAUGUCCCAGGGCUUGAACACCAGCAUCUUGCUCCAGUACCUGGCCUGGGUCACCUACCCUGUCGUCCUUAUCACAUUCUCAGCUGGAUUCACACAGAUCCUGGCUCCUCAGGCUGUUGGGUCUGGCAUCCCUGAGAUGAAAACCAUCUUGCGGGGAGUGGUGCUGAAAGAAUACCUCACCCUCAAGACCUUUGUAGCUAAGGUCAUUGGGCUGACCUGUGCCCUAGGCAGUGGGAUGCCACUCGGCAAAGAGGGCCCUUUUGUGCAUAUUGCAAGCAUGUGUGCCGCCCUUCUCAGCAAGUUCCUCUCCCUCUUUGGGGGUAUCUAUGAGAAUGAGUCCCGGAACACAGAGAUGCUGGCUGCUGCCUGUGCCGUGGGAGUGGGCUGCUGCUUUGCAGCACCUAUUGGAGGUGUGCUGUUCAGCAUUGAGGUCACCUCCACCUUCUUCGCUGUGCGGAACUACUGGCGGGGAUUCUUUGCCGCCACCUUCAGUGCCUUCAUCUUCCGGGUCCUGGCAGUCUGGAACCGUGAUGAAGAGACCAUUACUGCACUUUUCAAAACCCGGUUCCGACUUGACUUCCCCUUUGACCUGCAGGAACUUCCCGCCUUUGCUGUCAUUGGUAUUGCUAGUGGCUUCGGGGGAGCCCUCUUUGUCUACCUGAACCGGAAGAUAGUCCAGGUGAUGCGGAAGCAGAAGACCAUCAAUCGCUUCCUCAUGAGGAAACGCCUGCUCUUCCCAGCUCUGGUGACCCUGCUCAUCUCCACUCUGACCUUCCCUCCGGGCUUUGGACAGUUCAUGGCUGGACAGCUCUCACAGAAGGAGACACUGGUCACCCUGUUUGACAACCGGACGUGGGUUCGCCAGGGCCUGGUGGAAGAGCUAGACCCUCCCAGCACCUCACAGGCCUGGAGCCCACCACGAGCCAAUGUCUUCCUUACCCUGGUCAUCUUCAUUCUCAUGAAGUUCUGGAUGUCUGCACUGGCCACUACUAUCCCAGUGCCCUGUGGGGCCUUCAUGCCUGUCUUUGUCAUUGUGCCCCUGCCCUCCCCCUCCACUACCUCUUUCUCUUCCCACCCCCUCCCUGAAGGAGCAGCAUUUGGGCGUCUGGUGGGUGAAAGCAUGGCUGCCUGGUUCCCAGAUGGGAUUCACACGGACAGUAGCACUUACCGGAUUGUGCCUGGGGGCUAUGCCGUGGUUGGGGCGGCUGCACUGGCAGGAGCAGUGACACACACAGUGUCCACCGCUGUGAUCGUGUUCGAGCUCACAGGCCAGAUCGCCCACAUCCUGCCAGUCAUGAUCGCCGUCAUCCUGGCCAACGCCGUUGCCCAGAGCCUACAGCCCUCACUCUAUGACAGCAUCAUCCGAAUCAAGAAACUGCCUUAUCUGCCUGAGCUGGGCUGGGGCCGCCACCAGCAGUACCGGGUGCGAGUAGAAGACAUCAUGGUGCGGGAUGUUCCCCAUGUUGCCCUCAGCUGUACCUUCCGGGACCUGCGGCUGGCACUGCACAGGACCAAGGGCCGCAUGUUGGCCCUAGUGGAGUCCCCUGAGUCCAUGAUUCUGCUGGGCUCCAUCGAGCGCUCACAGGUGGUGGCGUUGCUGGGGGCCCAGCUGAGCCCGGCCCGCCGACAACAGUACAUACAGGAGCGUAGAGCCGCCCAGACCCGUCCACCAUCUGACCAGGAGAGUUCCCCUAGCCCCAAGACUUCUGUCCGCUUCCAGGUGAACAUAGAAGACUCAGGCUUCCCUGCAGUGCGGGGAGAGACUCAGAAGCCCCUAAAGCCUGCUCUCAAGAGAGGGCCCAGCAUUACCAUGAGCCUCGGGGAGAAUCCCGCAGGGAAUGUGGAGUCGGCAGGCAUUGCCCUCAGGAGCCUCUUCUGUGGCAGUUCGCCUCCUGAGGCACCUUCUGAGAAGUCGGAGUCCUGUGACAAGCGCAAGCUGAAGCGGGUCCGAAUCUCCCUGGCGAGUGACUCAGACCUGGAAGGAGAAAUGAGCCCUGAGGAGAUUCUGGCGUGGGAGGAGCAGCAACUAGAUGAACCUGUCAACUUCAGUGACUGCAAAAUUGAUCCUGCUCCCUUCCAGUUGGUAGAGCGGACUUCUUUGCAUAAGACUCACACCAUUUUCUCACUGCUGGGAGUCGACCAUGCUUAUGUCACCAGCAUUGGCAGACUCAUUGGAAUUGUCACCCUAAAAGAGCUUCGGAAGGCCAUUGAGGGCUCUGUCACAGCACAGGGUGUAAAAGUCCGGCCACCCCUCGCCAGCUUCCGAGACAGUGCCACCAGCAGCAGUGACACAGAGACCACUGAAGUGCAUGCACUUUGGGGACCCCGCUCCCGCCAUGGCCUCCCCCGGGAGGGCUGCCCUUCUGACAGUGAUGACAAGUGCCAAUGAACCCCUCAUUGGGUGACCUAGGAUGGUGGCAGCCGUGCCUGUCUGUCCAGAGCCUCCAACUUUCAUAUUCCUUUUGCCUUGGGAAGGCAGGAGGCUGCUGCAGCCAGAGGCUAGAGCCCCAGCCACCCAUUCCAAACCUGGGGUGCUAGUUUCUCCCAGUUCAUCCUACCUGGAAUCUGACCCAGUGCCCACCUGCAGCAAGUUUUCCAAGGGCAGGAAAAUCAGCGCUACUUUGGCAGGCUGGGGGUGGACCCCUGCUUUCCCUUUGAGGGGAAAUGGGUAGAACUAAGAUGGAUUUAUACUGGAACCUCCAAUGACCAGAUGUAUAUAGAGAUUUACAAAGAUUUUUAUAUUAAUUUAAUAAAACAAAUUCUUAGAACAAAAUAAACACCUAAUGAGCCACUUAUAUAUA